CCAAUUCCCACGCAUUUUCGGCACUUCGCAGACCCUCAAACCCUCACGCUCAUUUUAUUAUUUUCUUUCCCUUGUCAAUUUUCGCGAUCACCUCUGUCGUCAUCAUGACCCGCGCGCAGCAGACCAUCUCCAUUGGCCUCUUGGUCUCCUCUCUCUACUUUGCUCUCUUCCUGGAGCUCAUUCCUCUCCCUCCUCUCGUCCAGCAAGAAAUCGUCCCAGUGCUCCCCUUCUGGGCCCUCAUUUCCUUCGGCGCGUUCCUCCUCUUCCGUCUCGGCUGGGGCGUCUUCACUUUCAACGAUGUUCCCGCGGCGCACAAGGAGCUGAUGGAGGAGAUUGAGUUGGCCAAGGUCGAUCUCAGGAAGCUGGGUGUUGACGUGGACUAAAUCGUGGCAUACGUGGCGCAAUUGGAAGAGGGAUAAACAAAAUGUAAAAAUAAUCAUGUGUAAUAUCACUCUGGGAUCAAAACAAGUAGUGUUUUUUAAUGUUC